CCUGGGCUCACCUUACUUUCACUUCCUCUGUGUCGAAUAUGUCUAACUUAACGACACUUCUCAAAAGAAGUGCCUUGGCUCCUGCCUUGAGAGCUGUGAGGUUUAACUCAACUGUUGCCCCAACAGAAUCCCUCCAAUCAAAAUACCCUGAGCUUCGUGACUCCGACUUUGACGCUAACGGAAACCCAGAUUACGUCAAGCUUAUCUUGACAUCCAGAGUGUACGAUGUUGUAGACAGAGCAGGUACUCCACUCACCCACGCAGUGAACUUGUCCCACAAAUGUAACACAAACAUCUACCUUAAACGUGAAGAUUUACUCCCAGUCUUUUCUUUCAAAUUGCGUGGGGCUUACAAUAUGAUUUCUCAUUUACAUACAAACUCAGCUUCUCCAAUGUCUGGGGUUAUUGCUUGCUCCGCGGGUAACCACGCACAAGGUGUUGCCUACUCAGCCAACAAGCUUAAGAUUCCUUCCACUAUAGUUAUGCCCACGGCCACCCCAUCCAUUAAAUAUUCUAACGUUUCCAGAUUGGGCUCUCAAGUUGUCUUGUACGGAGAUGACUUUGACUCUGCCAAGCUGGAAUGUGACCGUUUAAGUGAAUUAAACGGACUCACCAACAUUCCUCCAUUCAACCAUCCAUACGUUAUUGCUGGUCAAGGUACUGUUGCAUUGGAAAUCACCCGUCAAUUAAGAUUGGACAAGUUGGACGCCAUAUUUGUCCCAGUCGGUGGUGGUGGUUUGAUUGCUGGUUUAGCCGUUUACUUGAAACAAAUCGCUCCUCAUGUCAAGAUUAUUGGUGUUGAAACAUACGAUGCCGAUGCCCUUUAUCAAUCGUUAAAGAGUAAUGAACUGAAGACUUUGGACUCUGUUGGUGUUUUCGCCGAUGGUACCGCCGUUAAAGUUUUGGGUGAGGAGACUUGGAGAAUCCUCCGUGAUCAUGUUGAUGAAGUUGUCCGUGUACUGACUGAUGAAUUAUGUGCUGCCAUCAAGGAUAUCUUUGAAGAUACAAGACUGAUUGUUGAACCAUCUGGUGCUCUCUCUGUAGCUGGUCUUAAGAAAUACGUCCACAAGACUAGUGGCGAAAUUGACCACAGAAAUAAAACUUAUGUUCCUAUUUUGAGUGGAGCUAACAUGAACUUUGAUAGAUUGAGAUUUGUUAGUGAAAGAGCUGUUUUGGGUGAAGGUAAAGAAGUUUCCCUCAUUGUCACUAUUCCAGAGAGACCAGGUGAAUUUGCAAAGUUGCAAAAAAUCAUCAACCCUAGAGCUAUCACCGAAUUUUCCUACAGAUUUUCAGACAACGACUCCGCAUCCAUUUACGUUUCCUUCAAUGUUAUCAAUAAGGAAAAGGAAUUGCCAAGAAUCUUGGAAAUCAUGACCGACAAGGAUCACGGAUACGACGUGUUUGACAUUUCAGAAAAUGAAGUUGCAAAGACUCAUGGCCGUUACUUGGUUGGUGGUAAGACACCAAUGUCUUGUGAAAAAUCCUAUCGCGAGAGACUUUAUCAAUUUGAAUUCCCAGAAAGACCUGGUGCCUUGUUUAACUUUUUGCAAACAUUAAAGUCAGACUGGGAUAUUACCUUGUUCCAUUAUAGAAACCACGGAAAUGAUGUUGGUAAGGUUUUGUGUGCCUUCCAUAUUCCAAAGGGUACUGAAGAAAAAGAGUUCCUGGACUGGUUAUCUCAAUUGGGCUACAAAUUUGUGGAUGAAAGCAAGAAUGUUGUCUAUCAAAAGUUCUUGAAGUGUAACUAGAUGGAUCCCACUUAACAAAUAUAGAAAUCUCAUUAAAAAGUAACAGGACUUGUUUAUAGAUAUUAACCCAAGAGAAAUAAAUACACACCUCUUCACUCGUUAA